AUGAAUGAGUGUCACUAUGAUAAGCAGAUGGACUUUUUUUAUAACAAAAGCAACACUGCCACUGCCGAUGACUGGACAGGAACGAAGCUCGUGAUUGUUCUAUGUGUUGGAACAUUUUUCUGCCUGUUUAUUUUCUUUUCUAAUUCUCUGGUCAUCGCAGCGGUGAUUAAAAACAGAAAGUUUCAUUUCCCCUUCUACUACCUGUUGGCUAACUUAGCUGCUGCAGAUUUCUUUGCCGGAAUUGCCUAUGUAUUCCUGAUGUUCAACACUGGCCCCGUUUCAAGGACUUUGACCGUCAACCGCUGGUUUCUCCGCCAGGGGCUCCUGGACACUAGCUUGACCGCCUCGCUGACCAAUUUGCUGGUGAUUGCUGUGGAGAGGCACAUGUCAAUCAUGAGGAUGCGGAUCCACAGCAACCUGACCAAAAAGAGGGUGACGUUGCUCAUUUUGUUUGUCUGGGUCAUUGCCAUCUUUAUGGGGGCGGUCCCCACACUGGGCUGGAAUUGCCUCUGUGACAUCUCUACCUGCUCUUCCCUGGCCCCCAUUUAUAGCAGGAGUUACCUCAUUUUUUGGACUGUGUCCAACCUCGUGGCCUUCUUCAUCAUGGUCGUGGUGUACCUGCGGAUCUACAUGUACGUCAAGAGGAAAACCAACGUCUUGUCCCCACAUACUAGUGGCUCCAUCAGCCGCCGGAGGACACCCAUGAAGCUAAUGAAGACAGUGAUGACUGUCUUAGGGGCCUUCGUGGUGUGCUGGACCCCGGGCCUGGUGGUGCUGCUGCUGGAUGGCCUGAACUGCAAGGAGUGCGGCCUGCAGCACGUGAAGCGGUGGUUCCUGCUGCUGGCCUUGCUCAACUCCCUCAUGAACCCCGUCAUCUACUCCUACAAGGACGAAGACAUGUACAACACCAUGAAGAAGAUGAUCUGCUGCUUCUCUCAGGAGAAGAACCCGGAGAGGCGGCCCUCCCGCAUCACCUCCACGGUCCUCAGCAGGAGCGACACGGGCAGCCAGUACAUGGAAGAUGGUAUCAGCCAGAGCACCGUCUGCAACAAGAGCAGCUCCUAA